UUGGUGAUUUGUUAAUAUGGUUUGGUCUUAAACCUCCAAAACCUAAAACCCUACUUUCCUCCAUUUCUUACAUAUCACCAUUGCUUUCCCUCACUCUUUUCUCUUGCUCGAUGCUCAUGCUUUGAUUCUACACUCAGUUCUAAUCUUCAGAUGAAAUCAUUUAGACUUGUUAAAAUUCUGUCAAAUCUCUCUUCUCAAUCCCACAACAAAACCCAUUUCAAUCCCACUUUUUUAUGCCGAUUUUUCUCUUCUCAAUCCCAAGUAGAUCACCCUACUACUUCCAUUUCAUCUUCUGAGAAUGAGACUGAUAAUGAAAUCCCAUCUUUUGAUAGUUCCCACUUCACUCUUCCAUCUGAAAAUACCCAACAAUUGAACCCAACAAAGGCGGGACCCAUUUGGGAUGGCAGUUAUAGAGAUAAGGUAAAGUAUAGGGUGUUUGGGGAAGAAGUUUCCACUAAGGAAAAAUUGAGGGUUAAAGAGGAGGAGGAAGCAGAGGAAGAGAAGCAUCGGGUGCUUGCUCGGGCGUUACUCGAGGCGGCUAUUUCUACGCCUGAUGAGGAGGAUGAAGAAGAUGAAGAUUUGGUGGUGAAUGUGGAAGAUCAGAAGUGUUUGUCUGUUGGCAUUGUUGGGGCUCCUAAUGCUGGUAAAUCAGCAUUGACCAAUUACAUGGUUGGCACUAAAGUUGCUGCUGUUUCUCGUAAGACUAAUACGACUACCCAUGAAGUUUUAGGGGCCAUGACAAAAGGAGAUACCCAGAUUUGUUUCUUUGACACCCCAGGACUGAUGCUUAAAAAGAAUGGAUUUCCAUCAAGGGAUUCUAAAGCUCGGAUUGAAUCUGCCUGGAAUUCAGUUAACCUGUAUGACGUGCUUAUUAUAAUCUUUGAUGUUCAUAGGCAUCUCACCAGGCCUGAUUCAAGGGUUGUAAGACUAAUUGAGCGUAUGGGAUCUGAACCUAAUUUGAAACAGAAACGUAUUCUUUGUAUGAAUAAAGUUGACUUGGUUGAAAAGAAGAAAGAUUUGCUGAAGGUUUCAGAACAAUUUAAGGAUCUGCAAGGAUAUGAAAGGAUAUUUAUGAUAUCUGGGCUAAAGGGUUUUGGAGUAAAGGAUCUUUCUGAUUAUCUGAUGGAACAGGCAGUGGAAAGACCUUGGGAUGAAGAUCCAUAUACAAUGAGCGAAGAAGUUAUGAAAACUAUAUCCCUGGAAGUGGUCCGCGAGAGGUUGUUAGAUCAUGUACAUCAGGAGAUCCCAUAUGAGAUAGACCAUCGCUUGGUGGAUUGGAAGGAUUUGAGAGAUGGAUCAUUGAGAAUUGAGCAACAUCUUAUAACUCAUAAAGACAGUCAGCGCAGGAUACUUGUGGGGAAAAAUGGCUCAAAAAUUGGGAGGAUCGGCAUGGAAGCAAAUGAACAGCUAAGGAACAUCUUCAAACGAAAUGUGCAUCUCAUUCUCCAGGUUAGACUAAACAAACAUGAUUCUAGGUAGAUAUGUUUUUGGCUACUGUUGUAUAGUACUCCACAUAUGAAGCAUACAAUAUUUUGAUUUCUACAUUGUUUUCUUUUUUCAACUUUUUAAACUUAGAAUUUCAUUGCUAAGGGCUAAUGCCCAAAGCAGAUGUAUUUUUUCUUUUCAACUUUUUUAUUUUUUUUUUAAAUGUAACUUUAUAGGUUUAAAUUACUUUAUUGAUAUGAAUGCAUCUCAAUGUAUCAGUAUGAAUGCAUCCCAAAGGCAAAUAAGCAUUUUACUUUUCUCAAUUAGCAUUAAUUUUUA